AAAGAGGGUGCUUUGGACUUGUUCGAUGACUGUUUCGCCGAGCCCGCGUGGGACUUUUUGAAGAACUACUGUGAGAGCUGUUUUUGUGUGAUCGUGCAGGACCUUGUAAGGACAUUGUGGUAUCUAUACGAAGCUGAAUUUCCGCCCAUCUCUCCGUCCAGUAACGACGUUCCUCCAGCACUAUUUUCGCGUUUUCGGGACUUUCCAAGAAAAGUGGAUCCGGAGUAAUUCGUAACUUCCAAGAUCUAUUUCCAGGUACUGCAAAUGAUGACAGGAUUUCUUCAGCAUCUCUCGAAUUUAUUUGAAAACAUCUUGUAA